AAAUCUGGUUGCUCAAACGUCCUUUCAAAUCGAGUGUCAACUAAAUUUUGGGUUGGUUUUGACCUCGACUCUCGCGAGAUCUCGUUUGCUGCUGCGUUGUCCCCCGGAAAAUACCGUGAGACAUUCACUAGAGGACUACUCAGCUAAGCCCUCCUUCAUUAUCGAUCCCCGCUGGACGAGUGAAACUUUGCAGAAAGGCAUCCAGAAUCAGGAUUGUAGCCGCACACUCAAGUUUAAGAACUUCAUCUGAAUCAUGGGGAACAUUUUCGGGAAUUUGCUGAAGAGCCUCAUAGGGAAGAAGGAGAUGAGGAUCUUGAUGGUGGGGCUUGAUGCUGCAGGAAAAACAACGAUCCUCUACAAGCUCAAACUGGGGGAAAUAGUCACCACAAUCCCAACCAUUGGGUUUAACGUGGAGACAGUGGAGUACAAGAACAUCAGCUUCACUGUGUGGGACGUGGGUGGGCAGGACAAGAUCCGCCCCCUCUGGAGACACUACUUUCAAAACACACAGGGUCUAAUCUUUGUGGUGGACAGUAAUGACAGAGAGCGUGUGAACGAAGCACGAGAGGAGCUGAUGAGGAUGCUGGCUGAGGACGAACUGAGGGAUGCAGUCCUCCUUGUGUUUGCCAAUAAACAGGACUUACCGAACGCCAUGAAUGCUGCCGAGAUCACAGACAAAUUGGGCUUACACUCCCUGCGUCACCGCAACUGGUACAUCCAGGCCACCUGCGCCACCAGCGGCGACGGCCUCUAUGAGGGUCUUGAUUGGCUGGCCAAUCAACUCAAGAACAAGAAAUAAGAAGAAGACUGGAGCCGCCAGCAGCCACACCCGUCCAACUUUUGAUUUGUUUUGGGAAUGGGGGUGCGAGUUAGGUACAAGGGUUUUGAUUGAUAGGUUAAAAGCAAGAUUUUGGGUUUGAGGGGAGAUUUUGGGCUUUGGUUUUCAGUCUGUUGGGGUUCCUAAUAGUUUUCAGCGCUUAUUGAAAUCAGAUUCUCAUGUACUUCAUAUUUAACCAAUCACACACACAAACACACACAAAUGCACACUAACCGCAAGCAAUCCCAGCAGACACUUGCUUUUCCUGUGUCCACCUCUUGUCCUUAGGUGCAAUGUACUGUAUGUUAGUCUCUAGGUGCUGUACCAAGUUAUGUGUGACUCCACUGCGUCAGCAAUGAGUCAAAUAGGACUUUUUGUUGAUGUAUGUCUUUCAGUUGUCAGUCGUCCAUGCAAAGAACUGUUCUGUGUCACUUGCACUUCCUCUUUGUUUAGUUUUUUUCGUUCGGCAACAGAGCCAUGUUUGAGAACAAUCACAGCUGGCAGAUUCAUGUCACUAUAAUUCACUUUAAUGGUUUGCUCUCCCUUUUAAUUUGUGAGCAAUGCUGAGGCACUUUGAUACUCAGAUAAAGUGUGUACAUGUGUGUGUGAACCUGCACACAUACUGUGUGUGUGUGUGUGUGUUUGUGUGAGCGGCCCAGUCGGUAUUAAUCAUGAACAACUCAAAAGGACUGGAGUUUCCUCUGUCACACGUCCUCUUACUGCCUCAUUUUGGAAAUCUUUUGAUAUCUGUGGCGUGUUUCUCCUCCCCGUGUGGCAACCCGAAGCGCCGAAGCUGCCCUUUUUAAAUAUUUUAAAGCGCACAACAGGCUCUCGUUUGCCUGAACUGCAUGCAUCCUGGUAGAUCUUGCCAACAUUGUUGCAUACUUUGCCACCCUCGGAGCUGCAUUGACGUUGACGCUGUUUGUAGGUUUUCUCUAACUGCCCUCAUCGUGUUCUGGUGCUGUUUACAGUAGGAUGCAGAAACUAACCAAACCACCAAUUUCUGCAUGUAGUCGUCAACUUGGGCUAAAUCCAUUAUAGUCAGCUUUAUGGUGUUUUAAAGUGAAAGCAGCAUAUAGAUUAACCUGCACAUAAACACACAUGACCUGCACAGCUGCUGCUCGUCUGCCUUCACGUGUGUCCAUGUGAGUACUCAAACUGCAUUAGGUUGCUCUUGCUUUUGUGUGUUUUUGUCUCAGACGUGCAUAUCGGGGGAUGACUCUGUUGAUAACUCUGUGUUACUGAAUGUGAAUAUUGUUAAUGAAUCUGUAUAUGGCUGUAAUGAUAUUUAUUUGACACGCAUAUUCUUUUAUUUCAGUGGUGUGUCGGCAUAAUUAUGUUAUAGGAAGCAGGGUAAGCAGAUCAAUUCAUUCAUCAGCACAUCCACGACUCACUUCUGAACAGCAGGCGAGUUACUGCGUCACCACUGAUACCAGCAGAAUCCACAGACUUCUGUCAGUAAAACUAUUUCUCUGUGCCAUACAUGGGUACUACCAGUGACAGUACAACAUACUGUAAAUCCACUCCACCAAGUUAUGAGUGCUUUGUUCAUAUUCAGUAUCUAUUGUAUGUUAAAUCAUGAGUUUGAUCAUUUGAUUUUUGUGGCCUUAUAUUUAGUGAUGACUUUGAAUUUAUUUCCCCUCAGCUCGUUUGGUUCUGAUUUUGAGUUACAUAUAUUUAUCUAUAAAGAAUGAUUUACAGAUUUAUUUCUCUAUGCCCUCAAAAAGGCAGGUUUUGCACCACAGUUCAGGAUGUUCAGACAAAGGUUUUGUCCUUUUGUUUGGCCAGUAUACUUGAUUCAUAUUUGGUGGUAGAUUUCUUUGGUUUUCUUUGGGGUGUAAAGAAACUUUGAUGUAGACUGUGUCUGUGAAACAAUGAUAAUCCGUGCAAACAAAACAAAAUAUAAACUUCUGAUGAUUCAUUCUGUACCGUUAUAGUUACACAAGUAGAUUUCAAAACGGUGAAGACCAUGUUUCAAUGCUAAAUGCAAGGAGACAUUUGUAUGUGAUGUAAGACAACGAACAAAAUCCUGCUGUAUCAGAAAUAAACCCAUUUUCUGUA